AUGAUCAUGUCCAAGGAUAUUGCUACGACCCCAGAACUGUCCGAACCAGACAAGUACUUCGUUGAGCAGCGCGAUUUGCUGCUACAAGAAAUCACCUCCACGUUAGACUCCAUCCUGAACAACUUAAAUGGCCUGAAUAUUUCCCUGGAGAACUCCAUCGCAGUAGGCAAAGAGUUUGAGAGCGUGUCCGAGCUUUGGAAGGUCUUUUACGACGGACUCGCGAACGGAGCGGCUCCUGGAGUUGCCGCAGCCAACCCGUCGUCUCAGGACCUGCCCACUGAGCCCGUCGCCGCGCACCAGAAUGCUGCAGCGGGCAAUAGUGACGCACCAGCGCCAUCGCAGUAG